GUUAUUAAAAUGAAGAACCCUCUUUCCAAUUCUGAAAGCAAACAACUUUCUUUGUGUACAGUUUCCACGUAAUCGCCGGGAGAACCGGUCUUUCUUUCUUUCUUUCUUUGUUUUCUAUCCAAAUUUAUUUUCUUUCUUCACUUUUCCCAUUCUCAGCGCUUUAUCGCACCUUCUCCUUUCUCUUUCUUUUCUGUUCUUUUCCCCUUUCUCCCAUCCUUAUUAGGGUUUUUUGAAUCUUCCAAAUUCCCCAAAUUUCCCGUCAUUUCUCACUUCCUGUUUCAACGAAUCUUCAAAUUCAUUCGCCCAAGAUGAUGAUGCCCCCUGGCCUCGUUUCCAACCUCCAAGAAGCACUUCAAAACAGAAAAGGUUCCCAAGAACAAGGAUCCAAGGACAAUGAGGACCCACCCGAACCCGCUUCUUCUAUCGAUGAGAUUCCCGAACCUGAAUUCGAUCCUUCCAAGCCCAUUUUGUUGGUUACCAACAGCGAUGGUGUUGAGUCCCCUGGCCUUACUCACCUCGUCGAAGCCCUAGUUCGUCAAGGCCUCUACAAUGUCCAUAUCUGUGUUCCUCAAUCGGACAAAUCGGUUUCUGGGCACUCUGUUACUUUCAAAGAAACUGUGGAAGCUUGUUCUGCUAAAGUUAGUGGUGCCUCAGCAUUUGAGAUUUCAGGAACUCCUGUGGAUUGUGUGUCACUAGCAUUAUCUGGGGCACUGUUUUCAUGGUCAAAGCCAAUGCUGGUUAUUAGUGGGAUUAACCGGGGAUCCAGCUGUGGUCAUCACAUGUUCUACUCAGGUGUUGUUGCUGGAGCUAGAGAGGCAUUAUUAUCUGGUGUACCGGCUUUGUCGAUAUCAUUAAACUGGAAGAAGGAUGAAAGUCAAGAAACUGAUUUCAAGGAUGCAGCUGAAGUCUGUUUACCUUUGAUAAAUGCAGCUAUCAGGGAUGUUGAGAAGGGAACUUUUCCCAAAAGCUGCUUUUUGAAUAUAGAAAUUCCCACAUCACCUUCAAAGAACAAGGGCUUCAAAUUAACCAAGCAAAGUACGUGGAGAUCCACGCCAAGCUGGCUAGCUGUGUCAGCUAGCCGCUAUCCAACUGGUCAUUUCAUGGCCAAUCAACAAGGUGGCCUUGGCCUUCAGUUUGCACAGCUUGGACGGGAUGCCUCUGCAGCUGGCGCAGCUCGUCGACUGGCUACACAGAAAAAGAACUUGGAGGUUAUUGAAUCAGUUGGAGCUUCAGGAAAAUCCAAUUCCAACAGAGUGAAGAAGUACUUCAGACUAGAGUUUCAGGAAAAGGAGCAGGAAGAUAUAGAUGAAGAUAUGGAUUACAGAGCACUUGAAAGUGGAUACGUCGCAGUGACGCCGCUGUCUCUUUCGACUCACAUUGAGAGUGAUAUUCAAAUGGCAGCUUCUGAUUGGAUUUCUGCUGCCAUUCCUGCUGAACAAUAGAUGGAGAGUUGAGUAUGAUUGUGUACAUUUGAGAUUUAUGAUGAUGAUUCUUUCUUUUCCUUUUUUCUUGCAUAAAUCAAAGAUGGAGCAGAAGCGUUAGUCACACCAAUUAAAUAGUUGAUUUCUUUUCAUUCUCUGUUUCAAUUUUAAUAUUUUUUUCUUAUUCCGGUUUUGACAUUUUAUUUUUGGUUCUCUUCAUUGUUUCACUUGCUUUGGUUACUUAGUUUAUUUCUGAGGCGAAGCAAAUGCUUCUUGUAAUCACUUGGGCAUAUUUUAGAAAAAUGCCAUUUGGAAUGUUUGUAAUGCCAAUUAUUAGCAAAACAAUGGAGCACUUGUAAUUUUCCACUUGUAUCUUCAUUUGAAGAUAAUUAAGCUUUGGAGUUGAUGAUUUCUUAGUA